AUGCGAAGCAUUUUAAGGCUAUUUUUGUUUGCAACUUUUGUUGUUGUAGGAUCUUUAGCAGCCGUUUUAGGCGUUGAUUACGGUGAACAAAAUAUCAAGGCCAUUGUGGUUUCACCGCAAGCUCCACUAGAACUUGUGCUCACUCCAGAAGCAAAACGGAAAGAAAUAUCUGGUCUUUCAAUAAAAAGGUUACCUGGUUAUGAGAAGAGUGAUCCAAAUGCUAUUGAGAGGAUUUACGGUUCUGCUAUUGGUAGUUUGGCAACCAGGUUCCCUCAAAAUACAUUGCUGCAUUUGAAACCAUUGCUUGGUAAAUCUCUAGAGGAUGAGACCACUAUAACGUUGUACUUAAAACAGCAUCCAGGUUUGAAAAUGGUAUCGACGAAUAGAAGUACUAUUGCUUUUCUGAUUGAUAACGUGGAGUACCCAUUGGAAGAAUUGGUGGCAAUGAAUAUUCAAGAGGUUUCUAAUAGAGCUAAUUCACUAUUAAGAGAUAGGGAUGCAAGAACGGAGGAUUUUGUAGACAAGAUAAGUCUUACAAUCCCUGAUUUUUUUGACCAACAUCAAAGGAAAGCGCUUCUUGAUGCUAGUUCAGUAACUGCUGGAAUUAAAGAAACAUACCUGGUUAGCGAAGGGAUGUCUAUUGCCGUUGAUUUCGUGUUAAAGCAACGCCAAUUCCCACCAGGCGAGUUGCAACAUUAUAUCGUGUAUGAUAUGGGAAGUGGCUCUACUAAGGCCUCAAUGUUCUCUAUAUUACAACCUGAGGAUAUUACUCAGCCAGUUGUUAUAGAAUUUGAAGGAUAUGGUUAUAAUCCACAUCUAGGUGGUGCAAAGUUUACUAUGGAUAUUGGCAGCCUGAUAGAAAGUAAGUUCUUAGAAACUCAUCCGGCUAUAAGAACUGACGAAUUUCAUGCGAACCCUAAGACUUUAGCCAAAAUCAGCCAGGUAGCAGAGAAGGCAAAGUUAAUAUUAAGCGCUAAUUCUGAGGCUACCAUUAAUAUAGAAUCAUUGAUUAACGAUAUUGACUUCCGCACUACAGUCACUAGAAAGGAAUUUGAAGAAUUUAUUUCAGAUUCGUUAUUGGAGAUUGUCAAGCCCAUAAACGAUGCGCUGAAAAAACAAUUUGGUGGUCACCAAAUAAAAUUGUCUGACAUAAAUGGAGUAAUUUUGGCAGGCGGCUCUUCUCGUGUUCCACUUGUGCAAGAUCAAUUAAUCAAGCUUGUAUCUGAAGAGAGAGUAUUAAGAAAUGUUAAUGCUGACGAAUCGGCUGUGAAUGGUGUUGUUAUGAGAGGUAUCAAAUUAUCUAACUCUUUUAAGACGAAACCAUUAAAUGUUCUUGACCGUUCUGUUAAUACUUAUUCUUUCAAAUUAUCAUAUGAAUCCGAAACGUAUGAAGCGUUUGGCAGAGGAAGUAUCUAUCCUAAUGAAACAUCCAUUUUGUCUGCUACGAUUGAUCCCAUUCCUAAUAAUUUUACUAUUGAUCUAUAUGAAAAUGGAAAGUUGUUCGAAACAGUCACGGUAAAUUCGGGUGCCAUAAAAAGUUCAUAUUCUUUGGAGAAGUGUCCUUCAGGAGUAGCCUAUAACAUAACUUUCGGCCUUUCCAGUGAUAGGUUGUUCUCUAUUCAAGAGAUUAGCUGCAUUUGCCGAAGCGAAAGUGAUAUGGAUGGCUCGAAGCAAGUUAAGAACAAAAGCAGUCGCUUGACUUUUAGUUCUGAGGAUGUCGAAAUCAAAAGGCUCUCUUCUUCAGAACGUCAGCGUUUGCAUGAUCACAUCCAACUGCUCGAUAAACAGGAUAAAGAAAGAUUUCAAUUUCAGGAAAACUUGAAUGUUCUUGAAAGCAAUUUGUACGAUGCUAGAAAUUUACUAAUGGAUGACGAAGUCGUACACAAUGGCCCAAAAUCGCAAUUGGAAGAGUUAUCAGAAAUGGUAAAAGUGUAUUUAGAUUGGCUCGAAGAUGCGUCCUUCGAUACUGAUCCUGAGGACAUAAUUAGCAGAAUUAGAGAGAUUGGAAUAUUAAAGAAGAAAAUAGAGCUGUACAUGGAUUCAUGGAAGGAACCCUUGGACUCUCAACAAUUUGAAGGAAUGCUUGAAGAGGGUCAUAAGCUAUUACAGGCUAUAGAAACCCACAAGAAUACUGUUGAUCAAUUUUUGCGUGAAUUUGAAACCGAAUUUGCAGGCACUAUAGAUAAUGUUAGAGAAGAAUUCGAAAAAACCAAACUAUCGGCAUACGUUUCUAAUGCGUUAUCUACAUGGGAAGAGACUUUGACCUCUUUUAAAAAUUCCAUGAGCGAAAUUGAAGAACUCUUAGCAAAGAAUAUAAUUGGCGAAGACCUUCGUGAGCGAUUAUUUGAAAUUAAGUUAAAGUUUGAUAAGUAUCGCACAAAACUAGAGGAGAAAUUACAUCUCAUCAAAACUAGCGAUGAAAGUCGUUUGAAAGAGAUAAAGAAGCUACAUUUAAGAAAGUUUCGCCUACAAAAGAGAAAGGAGGAAAAGCUGAAAAAAAAGCUUGAGCAGGAAUUGAGUAAACACAGAAAUGAAACGGAGUCGAUAAUAAAUGAAUCGGUAGGUAAUGAAGAUUCUCCCCUCAAUGAUAAGACAACUGAGUUGAAUUCAGGCUCUAAGGAAGAAAUUUUGCAUGAUGAAUUAUAA